UGUGAUGAAAUAGAUUUAGACGGGGUAGCCCGACUCCCCAAUGAGCGUCGUUCCACCUACGAUCACGGGAUGAAGAUGAGGGCAGCUUUGACCUAUGCCUAUGGCCGGGACCCAGCGGUUGGGACAUCAUCUUGGCAUCUGACUGAAGCGGGUGUAUGGCGCGGGAAUCCGUCCAAGUCUGACCGCGUGACGCAGUACAUGCGGUCCAUGCAUCGUCGUAAGGUCCGGGCAGGCGACGCCCCACAAAGCGCACGAGCUAUCACCCCCGAGAUCCUGAAGAAGAUGUGGGAGUUCAAUAACCUUUCCGAGAAUUGUAACAUCGAUGCCAGAGCCCCC